AUGGCAUCAACAGCAGCAGCAGCAGUGUCAAAGGAAAAUUGGAGUAGAGCAGUGUUAAGCAUUCCACCUGACUUUUUGAGACUAACCCCAAGUAAUUUUCAAGUUGUUGCUGAUCACGAAGCCGCAAUGGCACUUCAUCAGCAACAAAUUGGCUUUCCUGCUUUCGGUCUAGCUGCAAAUACUUCGGGAAGACUAAGCAUAACUGUUGCGCAAGCGAAACUAGUGAAAAAUUAUGGAUUGACUAGAAUGGACCCAUAUGUCCGUAUUCGAGUUGGACAUUACAUUUAUGAGACACAGACAGAUCAGAAUGGAGGAAAAACACCGAGAUGGAAUAGAGUUUUUCAUACACAAUUGCCAAAUGGAGUCAAUAAAAUAUUUUUGGAGAUUUAUGAUGAAUGUAACUUUACGAUGGAUGAACUUAUUGCAUGGGCUGAAAUUAAAAUUCCUGAGGCUGUCAUUGAUAAAUGUGAGACCCACGAGGAUUGGUACGCACUUUGUGGAAAGUCUGGUGAUCAUAAGGAAGGCAUGAUUGAUCUAGUGCUUAGUUUUACACCUGCAUCGUGUCUUUACCAACGUCCUAUACAGCCACAGCAACAAAAUGUUGUUAUAGUACCGAAUGUAUCAGGCCGUGCACUUCCUGUCUAUGUUCAACCCCAACCAACUCCAAUUCAACAAAUUGCUCAAACACAAGAAUUGCAACAACCGAUGUCACAAGCAAUUCCUCCUCCCAUUCAACCCUUGACUGAUGAAGAUAUAGCCAAUUUAAUGGAAAUGUUUCCUAAUAUCGAUAAAGAAGUCAUUAAAUCAAUCGGCGAGGCCAAUAGAGGUGAUAAAGAUGCCACUAUUAAUUCAUUACUUCAACUUACCAAUUAA